AUGGCAGUGAAGAAGAAUGCCAGGAAAGAUAUAGCGCUGGGAUGCUGGUUGAUCAAUAACUCGGUUGGGGUUUCUCAUCUCCUCCUCUCCAAGGCUAGUAUUCGCAGGGGAAGUCGGAAAGCCCGCCCACAAGGCGGGGCUAGUUCAUGGAAUGGUAAAGAUUCUCAUGCAGCCAGACCAAGGGCCUUUGCCCCCGUGUUUGAUUUCGGCCCCUGCACCUCGAUGAUGUCGAGCUCAGGGCCGGGGAUCCCGUCGGCUUCCGUGCACGGAGGCCUUGGGGAUUACGUGAGGCAAGUCUUCCCCGCUUACACUUGCGGAGGCCGUGAAAUGGCCGGAGUGUUCUGGGACCGUUACUCCUCUUGUCCGGGGAACCCGAAUGGGAAUCAGUCCUCCUUUUCCAUAGACGCGAUAUUGGGGAAAGAGAACAGUGUUUCCAGAAGACACGACAGGAACGAAUUCUCACCUCGAUCUUUCCCGUUGCCCGGUCAAGGGAGGAUCUACGCUUCGAAUCGCAAGACCAAAGAGGACCCUCCAGCUGAAAUUCAGCAGAAAUUACAGCUGAAAAUCAGCUGCUUCUGUAGGUGGACCUCCGACAAGAAUAGUCAACAAAAACAUUCUCGUUCCACCAGUGGUGUUUACACUUAG